GGCAGUGUCUGAAGAGGUUUUAAGGCUCUUACCUUCAACUAAAUGUCCCCUUAUAGCCCGGGGUAUUGCAAAACUAUGGCCAGCUGUACGAAAUUGGAACUUGCAGUAUUUAAUCAAAAAUAUUGAUGGGAAAAUCCAAUUCCGAAUGGGCCGAAAGGGAAUCAGUGAAGUUCAGCGUGAGUGCGAUGCUGUCUAUGUUUCCGCCACUGUUGAGGAGUUCGCGCAGUGGGUUAAUAAUUGCUGUCAGGAAAAUAAUCCGUUUGUUGACUACUUGUGCAGCGAGUGGUGGGCCUACGCCAGUUACCUUCAUAUGCCUGCUUGCCCUCCAUUGACAACUCUUAUUGAGGACGUUUCGUGGAACGCUCUUUCCCCACACUUUCCGAAAAAGAGUGACUCCACCUUCUGGCUUGGUACCUCAGGUUCACACACUGCCUGCCACUACGACACAUACGGAGUAAAUUUUGUCCUCCAAGUUUUUGGGCAAAAGCGCUGGAUCUUAUUCCCUCCCAGUGAUACACAGUUCAUGUAUCCCACUCGAAUACCCUUAGAAGAGUCAACCGUCUUCAGUGAAGUGAACUUUCAGCAAGUGGAUUUUAUAAACUUUCCACUUGUUCUCAACGCAUCACCUAUAGUGGUCGUACUUCAACCUGGAGAUGUGCUGUUCAUUCCUCGACACUGGUGGCACUUCGUUGAGUCAAUAGAAGAUGGCGGUCCUGUAACAUGUGCAGUUAAUCUUUGGCUUGAUCAGCCAUCUCUAGACAAUGAUGAAAGGUGCAAAGAGUCGUUGACACAGCUGGUCUGUUUAUCUCUCAUGCAUUCAUGUAAGGACAAAGGCAUUUUCCAAUCUUUGCAUUUUCCUGAGCGAGACUUGGCCCUGUCCUCAGACUGGUUCGAAAUGCUUAAGAGCGCUUUAAGGGUCAAUCUUCAGCCGUCCGUAUCAACUGUUUCUGAGUCUGAGCCCCCGGCCAAAAAAAUUAGACAUGAUUCUAUGGACUGGGUGGUCCCUCCAACUUGUGACAUCGUUGAAAUUCUACCUGAAUCACAGACAUUGGAUGGCCUGCCUAAAAGUGAUCCCUUUUCCACUGAUAAAUUGCUUCGUGCCUUUACAGAUCCUGAAGUUAUCAGUCUUUCUGCCGUAGCCAGUCAACCGGGCACUUCGCUCGGAGCCGCAACCUCAGGGAAAUUAGUACUCAGAUGCAGAUCUCCGUCAGGACAAUUGAACAUCGAGUUACCAUCUGACUCCACAGUCGGAGACUUGGCAGACAAAGUUUGUUCUUUCACUGAUUUGACGAGAAGUAGCUUGUCUUUGAGAUACGGCUAUCCACUAAAACGGCUUGAUCUUGGUCCUGAGAACUGCUCAACGCUUCUCAGUCAGGUGCCAAUUCUCAACGGUGAAAGCAUCGUCGCGGACUCAACCGAACCUCGUCAGGCUAAUAAUGCACCUUCUGCGGCGUCUACUGUACCUGCCACCCAACCCUCUAUCAUUCGGCUAAUUGCUCCCUCCGACAACUGUUGUCUGUUUACAAGUGUUAGCACUUGUGUCGAGAACGGAAACAGUUUGAGAGCAAUUGACGCUCCUGUUGUAACUAAUGCCGAAGGUGUACAAGAGACACGAAAUCUGAUUGCCGGCUUUGUCCAGAGUGAUCCAGAAAACUUUAACCAAGGAAUUCUCGGCAUGGCUCCUGAAGCCUACAUCAAAAAUAUUAUGCGGCCAGAUUGUUGGGGUGGUGGCAUCGAAGUUUCCAUCCUUUCAAAAAUCUACGAGCUUGAGAUAAAUGUCGUCGACGUACUCACAGGCCGAAUUGACAAAUUCGGUGAGGACAAGGCUUAUCAGCAACGCAUUCUCCUCCUUUAUGAUGGGAUUCACUACGAUCCUUUGGCGAUGAGUUAUCCGAACAAGGGUACAGUUCAGACAAUCUUCCCUACUAGUAUGCAUUCUGUGAGUCCUAUCUCCUUGUUAUCUCUACAUAACUUGUUUUAUUUCGGCCCUUUAAAAACCAUGAUGUGA